AUGCUCUCUGGCCUGCGGCAAAGUGCCCUCAGGGUGCGCCUCACCCCAAGACGAGGCUUCACUACCUCGCGGGUUGCAGAAAACGUAACCGGCGCGACAAGCAGCCAGGCAUCCAAUGACAAUGGCAUCGUAGACCGGGAGACCCUCGUGCCAGCCGCGGAACCUCUACCAGUAGCACCAAGUCCCGCAGCUCCGCGGAAGACCCUCCACCCAACCCCGGAAACGCCUAUAUACAUACCGCCGCAGUACGACCCACUGCUGGAACUGAUCGCGGGCUGCAUCAACUGGAAAGGGGAGAAGCAACGUGCACGGAAGAUCGUGUCCGAGACGCUCAUCAACAUCCACAUGCUCACGCGCGCGCCGCCCCUGCCCAUCCUCCGGAAGGCGGUCGAGUACGUCUCCCCGAUCAUGCGCAACAUCACGAUCAAGCUGCCGUCGAAGAACGCCGUCUACCCAGAACCAGCCCCCGAGAAGCAGCGCAUGCUCAAAGCUAUCAGGUGGAUCCUUGAGGCGAGCAAGACAAGGCCGGGGUUCAAGUUGCAGGACCGCCUGGCGCGGGAGAUGAUUGCGAUUGUGGAGGGCGCUGGGAAGGAGAAUAUGAAGGAACUGAGUCCUGCGUACAGAAUGAAGGAGGAAGUGCACAAGUUGGCUAUCUUGAACAGAGGAAAUGUCCUCAAGUCCCGGCGCCAUAAAAUGCCAGAUAGAGGAGGAAGGUAG